CUCUACAAGGGACGUCAUGAUGGACAAUCAGCCGACCCCUCACAUCACGGGAUGGAUCCAGUCAUGGGAACCCACCAGAGAGAUGUCCCCGUCCUCUGUAUUUCCCGGGAUUCCACACAGGAAGGUCACACCAUCCCUCACCAUCAUCAGAGUGGAAACCUGAGAGAUCCUAAAGUUGAGGUUAAAGAAGAGAUAAAAGAGGAGGAGGAUGAGGAUGGGGGGAUGGAGGAGUCAGAGCUUCUAAAAGAACACAAAGAUCUGUACCAGGACACCAUGGUGGAGUCAUCCAGCUACAGGAACCCACCAGAGAGAUGUCCCCGUCCUCUGUAUUCCCGGGAUUCCACACAGGAAGGUCACCAUCCAUCCCUCCCCAUCAUCAGAGUGGAAUCCUCCGGGGGAUGAUAAUAUUGAUGUUAAAGAAGAGUAUAAAGAGGAGGAUGAGGAGUAUGGAGUGAUGGAGGAGUUUUCAGAAGGACACAAGGAUAUGAUGGAGCCACCUAAUACCAGGAACCCACCAGAGAGAUGUCCCCGUCCUCUGUAUUCCUGGGAUUCCACACAGGAAGGUCACACCAUCCCUCACCAUUACAAGGUUGAAGAUCUGAUAGAUAUAAAAGUUGAGGUGCAAUCAGAAAAGAAGAGGCGUAUGUGAGGGGAUGAUCAGCAGUCUAUGGAGGAGGAUGGAAUAACGGGGACAUUUAUAGAGGAGGACACUCCUACAGAGAUCAGCACAGUCCAUGGCCGGGAGAUGAGGAAAACCUCGGAGGAUUGUCUCACUUUGUCUCCAGACUGGAAAGUAAAGAUGAGGACAUCACACAGUAUAGUCCAGGAGAAAACCGGCUCCCUCCAAUGUCCAU